AUGUCUGACAACUUAUCAACGAUCUAUGCGAAAGCUGUGGCAGACGCUCAAAGAGCAGUUCGAUAUGUACUUGAGAAUGCUCCAGGAGCAUAUGAAAGAGGGAAAGAUGCUGCCGUGAUUGCUGCGGCCCAGGUUCAACCUGUUCUCAACUCUGCUAUGGAAAAAACACCAGUUAUCAUGGAAAGAUCCAGAAUAGCGGCAGAGCAGAUGUAUCAGGAUGCUCCCAAGCAUCUAAACACCGCGAAGGGUGUGGCAGGACAAUUAUAUCAGGACGCGCCGAGACACUUAAAUACCGCAAAGAAAGCAGGUAUGAAUGUCCUGGAGAAUCCUAGGCAUUCUGCAACAACAGUGUUAGCCACCUUGGGGCCUAUCGUUCGGAAGCACCCAUAUGCCAGCGUUUUUGGAGCCUGGGCAGCACUAGCUGUGGUAUUCGGGCCCUUCUGGCCUAUUCGUGCUCUAUUGAAAGUAUUUGGAUUUAGUAAAGGUGUCACUCCUGGAUCAAAUGCGGCAUCUUGGCAAUCUCGACAAGGAAACGUGCAACGCAAUUCAUGGUUUUCCUUAUUUCAAUCCUACGGAGAUAGGUUGAAUUAAGCUCAGGCCUCCAGUUUUCAAAAAAGAAAUGCACGCUGAUAAGAAGCUGCAGAGUCAACUGUGUGAUCAAAUGAAAAAGUUCAAAUGUAUCUGUCCUAUGUUUCUCGUCGUUAACUCUCCCCCUUUUGAGAACUCAUAGAUACAUUCAGUCUGUUCCUGACCGUCUGAAUAUUCUUUCUGCGUACAUGUACUUUCUCUCUCUCGCUAUUCUUCUCUUGAUUUUUUGGCCAAUUGUAUGAGUGUGCAAGCGCCCUUGCCCAUGAAAAUUGUGUUUCCAGGUGCUUUGGACGUAAUCUCUCAUUUAGGACUGACUCCUUCGUGGAU